CGCAAUAGCUACAUCAAAACCGCGUGCUCAAGCAACGCGCACGGACUCGCAGUUCGGGCGUCGGUGGCGAGUAUUGAAAAAGACGGAGGCUGGUCGCACGGCGCUCGCGGAAGGCGGCGUACGAUGCAUGCCGCGCUGACGGUUGCUUGCCUCUGCCUGGGCGAUGCGUUCCAAGGACCACCUCGCCUCGCGCCGCGCCGCGCGUUACGCGCCGACGGCCGGAACGCGGCGGUCGCCGCCGUUGAGGCGGAGAGGAGACCGCUCGCGGCGCGCGCGCGGACGCUCUUUCGGUUCACCCGGCCGCACACCUUCGUCGGCACGGCGGUCGCGGUCCCGGCGCUGCACGCGUACGCCGCGGCCUCGGCCGCGGCGCUGCUCUCGCGCGCGUGCGCGCGCUCCGUCGCGUCCGCGCUCGCGCCGGCGCUCCUCAUGAACGUGUUCAUCACGGGCCUGAACCAGCUCUGCGACGUCGACAUCGACCGCGUGAACAAGCCGCACCUGCCCGUCGCCAGCGGCGAGCUGUCGGUGCACCACGCGCGGCUCGUCGUCGGGGCCUGCCUCGUCGCCGCCCUCGCGCUCGGCCGGCGGUCCUCGGCGCCGGUCCAGCGCGUGCUCGCGGGCAGCGCGGCGCUGGGCGCCGCGUACUCGGCGCCACCGCUGCGCCUGAAGCGGUCGCCGCUCCUGGCGGCCCUGUCGAUCGUCGUCGUCCGCGGCGUCCUGGUGAACGCGUGCUUCUACGCGCACGCGCGCGCGAACCUGGCGCCGCGAGCGCGAGCCGCGGCGGCAGCGCGGCUGCCGCUCGUCGUGGCGUUCUUCUCGCUGCUCGGCGUGGCCAUCGCGCUCAUGAAGGACGUCCCCGACACCCAGGGCGACACAACGUUCGGCGUCGCGACGUACGCGCGGCGCGGCGGGCGGCCGCGCGUCUUCGCGCUCGCCUCCGGGCUGCUCGGGGGGACGCUCGGCGCGGGGGCCCUCGCCCUGGGCGUCGCGGCCGCGCGCGCGGCCGCGCCGGCGCGCGCGGCCGCGCGCCUGGCCCUCGGCGCGGCGCUCGGCGGCGUGGCGCUCGACGCGCGGCGGCGCGCGGCGCGCGUCGACGCCGGCUCCGGCGAGGCGGUCGCCGACUUCUACAUGCACCUGUGGAAGUGCUUCUUCGCGUGCUACGCGCUGCUGCCCUUUGUGCGCUGA